AUGGCCUGCCUGGCAAAAAAGGACAGCCUGGGGAGGCAAUACAAACUGAAAGGGGACAUCGGCCAAGGUGCGUUCGGGUGUGUAAACCUAGCCCGGCACAGAUUCUCGGGCACCAGGGUGGCCAUAAAGUCCGUGGAAAACCUAAGGGAACGCCUUCGGAUGAUCAUGGCAGAGAUUGAGACGUUGCAGCUCUUACAGCACCCGAACAUAAUCCAGCUGUUUCAGAUCAUAGUGACUAAGAAGCACACCUAUAUCAUAACAGAGUACGCCUCUGGAGGAAACCUGGCAGAGCUUGUCAGGAAGGGCGGCAGGCUGCAGGAGGAAAAAGCGCAGAAACUCUUCGGUCAGAUGGUGUCGGCCAUCAGGUAUUGCCAUGAUCGGGACAUCAUACACAGAGACUUGAAACCCCAUAACAUCUUGCUGGACUCAGAGGGGAACAUCAAGGUGGCCGACUUCGGUCUCGCAAGAAGAUGUCGGGCUGGAACUAUGCUGCAGGGCAGAUGCGGCACCAAGCUCUAUAACGCGCCCGAACUGAUAGUGAGGGAAAGGCUACGACGGGAAAAAGGAAGCAGCCCGAAAGAGAGCGACGGGAACAUCAUCCGAGGGAGCUAUGAGCUCCCAUCUCACGUCUCUGGGAAACUGGAAAACCUAAUUCACCAGAUGCUCACGGUUGUCCCAGAGAAGAGGCCCUCCAUCGAAGACAUUGAACAACAUCCGUGGGUCGUGAAAUGUGAAGAAGACCUCCCAGAUGACACCUACCUGGACCCAUACAUACUAGACCUGCUGGAUAACCUUGGGUUUGAUGCCAAUGCCAUCCUGGAAUCUCUGCAAAAGAGAAACUACGAUGAAAUGAUGGGGACGUACCUCAUCAUCAAAGAGCAGGUACGCAAGGGGACUGAGCUUGACUUCACCACCUUACCCAGGCAUGUGGGCCUCGUCCUGACGCCUACCCCAUUGCCAGCACGGCGUCUGAAACGAAGAGCCAGCGAGCCCAUCUUUGGCAUCCUGCACAGGCAGGCUUCACAACCGGACCGGCCGAAGCUGUUAGGGCGGAAAUUGGCCAGAAGUGCCUCUCUGCCCCAGUAUGGUCCCCAGAGGGAGAUCCCCACUUGCAGCCACGCCCCGCUCUCCAGAACUUCCACUGCCACAUGUCUCCGUGGCAGCAUACUGAAAGAGGAGAUGCCCCUGCCACGCUCUCUGCUGACCUCUCUCUCUGAGCACUUUGGCCCCGUGGCUGGCUUCCUGGGCAAUGCUUCCUGUUUUGCUCCCACAUCCUCCUUCGGGAUGAAUCUGCUAAUGAUGGUCCCGGAGUCAGGAAGAUAUGGGCGCGCUAACCGUCAAGCCCCUGGUAAACGAGUCGACCUUGCAGCACGUGGGACUCUGUCUUCAGGACGGGAGGGUGGCAUCUCUAAGUCACACACCCUCAGCAUUGCCACCGCUGCCCUCUGUAUAUGUUGCAGCGACAUCUCUCAGUGGAGGGGUAGUGUGAGAGCCGUUGUCCAUGGGGAACAGGAGAGCAGAGCCUGGCGGGGGCCCUCUCCAGAUUUGUCAGAGGUGGCCAUGGGACACCUGUCUCUGCGUUUCCUCGGGAUAUUGGCCCAGCUGUGGGAAGUCUGCAGGGCUGGGCUCUCAGUCCAGGCCAUGAAGCCUGGAACUCACUUCCUGGGCUCUGCCCGAGCCAGUCCUCCAGUAGCAUCACGGGGACAACUCUUCCUCCACGGGCCCAACUCCUUUCUCACAUACAAGGAGUAA